AUGAAGACCUCGGCCAUCGUCUUCUCCCUCCUUUCCGGCGCGUUUGGUGCUGCGCUUGAUAGCAGGAACUACAUUUCCUACUGCAAGUCCUACGUCGACACGUACGACGACAUACCCGCCAGCACGCUCCUGCCAACGCUCACUCCGGUCAAUAUCUACAAUGGCCUUGACUACGGUGGUUUCCUCGCCGCCCAACCAAUCGUGGGCACCGCUGGAAUCGUCCCAAAGUCACUCCCAAACAACGCCGUUGCGACGUUGUCGCAAGAUAUUCUCGAGCUGGGCUCCCUAAGCCUCAACCCCUUUGGCACCAUUGCCGCCGCCUCCGGUACCAAGUCUUUCAACCUCGUCAGCUUCUACUUCGGCUGCCUUCUCAGUAGCAAGACCGGCGCUGCUGAUCUCUCCGAGGGAUGCACCGUCGCUGUCACCGGCUACUACACGAACGGCCAACAGGCUCCCGAGGUCACCUUCGCUUUCGCGCCAACUAGCCCAAAUGCCGCCCCGCUCAAUCUCGCCACCCUACCCUCGACCUACACCGGCUUGAAGAACGUCACGUUCGGUAUCGCGAAUGCCGCCGUUCAGCAACAGGAUACCGACUUCGUUGUUGACAACUUGGUGCACUGCAACUACUCGUAG